GGUUUACAGAAAUUGGGGAACAGAGCAGAACAGCACCAGAAAGGAAUGGGCAGAGGACCACAUAUGGUACCCAAGGCCACAACCCAUGACCUGCCCAGACAUACCCAGGAGUGGCUCUACUAAUCUGCUAGGUAUUUCUUUAGCCAGUGAAGUUGACCUAUCAGGAUCAAUGGUCACAUACACCAACUGCCCGUUUGUCCUUCUCCCAGCCACUGGAAAUCACUCUUCUACUUUCUACCUUUAUGAUCUGACUCCUCUAGCUAGCUAGUUAUUUUAUGUAAGUGGAAUCAUGUAGUAUUUGUCCUUUUGUGAUUGGUUUAUUUCAUUUAGAAUAAUGUCUUCAAGGUUCAUCCAUACUGAAGCUUAUGUCCUUCAUUUUAAGGCUUUAUUUCAUCAUUUGUAUAUUGUUAGAGUCCAUUUCAGUCUCAACUCCCAGGGUGAAACUACAAAAGCCGACCCUGCCCCAUGACAGACAUCCUGCUCUAAUCCACAAAUGCCAACCCCUCCUGAGAAUGCCCUGCCCACUCAAACAAAGCCUCCCGCAUGCUAAAGUCAAAUUCACUCCACCAAAAUUUUCACAGCAUCCCUAACAGUCCUGCCCCUUUACCUUUGUAUAAACCCAGCCCCCUCUAUCUUGCCCAUCAUACCCGCUCCAAUAAAACUUCCCUUUCUGUUGCUGUGUUUUGUAUCUAUUCCCCUUGCUGACCUUACAUUUUGGUGCCGUGACUCGGAUCAUAGAUGGCAAGUGCCCCCCCACCCCGCUCGACUCUGGGUGAAACACUGUCAAUGGACCAAGUCCCUGUGAAGCACAGCAACACCUUGCUAUUGCUGACAGCUUUGUCCACUUCACCAGCCAAUUUUCUCGUUAAGACGAAAAGAGUUGUGUCUGGCAGGCGGCUGAGGCUGCUGCAGAUGAAAAGUACCGUGUCAAUCCCCAACACCGUGCAGGAGCUACAGCAGUCCCCAGAGAAGACCCGCACUAGAAUUACCAACCCGGAUCAGGAGACUGCUAAAAACUGUCUCCAAAGUCUCUCCUCCUGGCUCUACACUGCCCUCUCCCUGCCACAGAUAAACUUGCCUCCACCCACUACACCGUCCUGGACCUUAAAGACGCCACCAAAGUAUGUCUUCUUUCCCAACCCUCAAUCACACAUCCCAAACAGAGAGCGGUCCACACCCCAACCUCAUCGGCAACUGGAUUUUUUCUGUCCUCGGUACUGGUCUUGGGGCAGGAGGGCCUGGAACAGCCACCUAUCUCUACCAACAACUCUCUCUGGACCUGACCCUUCAACUGGAGGAAGUGGCCUCAUCAGUUCAGUCCCUCCAAAACCAAAUCAACAGCCUAGCAGCUGUCACUCUCCAAAAACUGCUGAACCCUAGAAGUCUUGACCGCUGAAAAGGGAGGAACCUGUGCCAUGUUAGAAGAAUGUUGUUAUUUUGUUAACCAGUCAGGGAUCGUCAUGGACAAGGUAAAAUAGAUCUGUGAGUAUGUAGACAAAAAAUGACAAGAAAUCUCCAGGUUUUCCUCCUCCUCUUUCUGGCCAUCGUUGGGGCACUGGGGCCCCUAUCUCAUACCCCUAAUAGGACCCCUCUUUGUGUUUAUGAUGGUCCUUCUAGGGCCCCGCAUCCUCAAGGUAGGAGGAAACUUUAUCCCACAAAGAGUUUGAGCUUUUACUGACAGAGAAGUUAUGUUGUUGGCCUCCAGUCUGGGAACUGAAAUGUACCUCCAUCUCAAACCCCUCCCCAGGACAACACCCCCAUCAGCAGGAAGCAGUCAGUUAGAGCUACAACCCCUACAACAACAAAAAGAUGGGAAUGUUAGGGUCCAUUUCAGUCCCAACCCCCAGGGUGAAACUACAGAAAUCAACCCCACCCCGUGACAGACACCUUGCUCUAAUCCACAAAUGUUUACCCCUCCUGAAAACGCCUUGCCCGCUCAAACAAAGCCUCCCUUCCCCUCUACCUGUAUAUAAACCCAGCCACCUUGCCUUGUGUCAGGGUCUCUACCCUUUGAGACUUGCCGCCACUCCCGCUCCAAUAAGACUUCCUUUUCUGUUGCUGUGUCUUGUACCUAUUCCCUCUGCCGACCUUACAUAUAUGAUCAGCAUGCCUACUUUUAGGGAUUUAUAUUAGAGAAACUGUCUAAUAAUUUACAAGUUUCAAAGGAAACGUUCACUUCAGGAGUGUCUGGAGAGUG